CCGGGAACUGAAGCUGCUGGAUUCCACACCCCAGACCGCUCGGAAAAGCGUCUGUCAAGAUUACUUCAACCGGGAAGGAAGGUCCAUGGAAGGCAUAACUGGUAGAGGGAACUUGCUGUUGAGAACUGCAGCUGAUAAAGGAAAUACUGUGUCACAUUCUGAUUUGAUUCAUGAGAAGCCGAAGAAAUUGCAAUAUUCCUCUGAGAAUGUUUUCUCUAUUGGCUAUGAUAAGAGUCUCUUCAGUUCGUUACUAUUACCCCCUCAAAUGAGGACUUGCCAUUAUUGCAGUCUGUUUGGAUCCCUCAGAUGUUCACAAUGCAAGCAAAUAUACUAUUGCUCUGCAGAUUGUCAGAAAAAAGAUUGGCCAGCACAUAGUGUUGUAUGCAAGCCAAUUAAAGAGAAUGUAAGUAGUAACAAUGGAGGCAAGUUACCUGCUGAAACUGAGAAGGGAGUUUAUCUUAAGGGUAAUUCAAUUUCUGUGGAUUCUCUCAAGACAGAAGAGCGCAUGAAGAAGAUAAUGCUUUCAGAUCUCCAGACUCUAGGGAUCAAAAAAGCUAUGGAAGUACAGGGUGUAGUAACAAAGUUCAAGAGUCCAAGUGAAUUUUAUAUACAGAUGAGUUCUCCAGAAGUUUUAGACCAGAUCAGUAAACUUUCUGUGAAACUGGAAGACUGUUACGCUAACACAGUUAUUCAAGAGCAACAUACUGCUAUCAAAGGGGAAGUCUGUGUUGCAAGGUGUUCUUUGGAUCAGACCUGGAAUAGAGCACUGGUAAAAGAUGUGGAUAUAUUGCAAAAGAAAGCACAAGUAUUCUAUAUAGAUUAUGGAAAUGAAGAAAAUAUUCCACUCUCCUGGAUUAAAGCUCUGCACAAAGACAUUGAACUGUUGCUUCCUCCAUGUGCCAUUAAGUGUUCCUUUGCUAAUUAUGAUCCAAAAGCAAAAGGAUGGAAUGAAGACAUCACCAGCUUUUCUUCCCAACUCGUGGGAAAGCACUGUUCAGUAACUGUUGUUGAUGUAUUUGAGGAAGAAAUGAUGUUGAGUUUUGCUGUAGAUGUUGUUCUUCCAGAUUGUGGGGACUGCCUAGAUAAAGUGCCUUUAGAAAUUAGGUCUGAUUUAACUCCAGGAAGUAAUGUCAAAGGGGCAGACACUCCAAGAGUUGCAGAGUGUGUCUCUGUACAUAUCGGCGAUGCGUUUUCUGGUGUGGUUUCCUGCGUUCAAAAUCCAGAAGAAUUUUUCUGUCAGCAGAUACACAAUGCCCGUCAACUUGCUGAACUUCAAGUGUCUCUUAAUGAACAUUGUGACAGAUUUCCCAGUAGUCCAGCUUUCCAUCCUGCUGCUGGAAAUGUGUGCUGUGCCCAGUUCACAGAAGACAAUCUUUGGUAUCGUGCUGCUGUUAUAGCAUAUGUUUCUGAAGAUACUGUUUUGGUGGGCUACAUAGAUUAUGGUAAUUGUGAAGUCCUUCCACUGACUAGACUUCGUCCUAUGAUUCCAAGAUUAAUGAACUUGCCAGCUCAAGCCAUAAGAUGUACCUUGGCAGGUGUAAAGCCACCAUUAGGAGCCUGGACCUCAAAAGCUAUUUGUUUUAUGAACCAACUGGUGAAAGACAAAGUGUUCACAGUAAAAGUAGUGGAUAAAGAGAGUUACAAAUCUGUGGUGGAGCUUGUAGAUGCAUCAGUUACUCCAGUAAUGAAUAUAUCGAGCCAUUUCAUAGAGAAAGGCUGUGCAGUUCAGGAAUUGAGGAUGGCCCUACCAGCAAUCGGAAUGAGUAACGUUAAGCAAGCAAAUGAGGACACGACAAACAAAAGAAUUUGCAAGUGGAGUAAAUUAAAUCUUAAACAAACAGUAGAUGUCGUAGUGUGUACGCUGUACAAUCCUGGAGAAUUCUACUGUCAGAUUUCAAAUAACAGUGAGUUACUAGCUCUAAACUUACUUAACAAAUCAUUGUCUGAAUACUGUCAGAAAACUCCACCAAAUGUUUUUAAGCCUGAGAAUGGAGAACCUUGCUGUGCUUUUUUCUCUGGUGAUGGUAACUGGUACCGUGCCUUGGUGCAAAACAUUACUUCAGAUGGAACUGUUAAAGUGUACUUUGUGGACUAUGGAAAUGUUGAGGAAGUACCACUGGAUAAAAUACGGCAGAUCUCAUCCUCAUUCCUAAAACUUCCAUUUCAAGGAAUUAAAUGCUGGCUCUCAGGUAUAAAGCCUGGUAAGAGCAAAUGGAUUCCAGAAGCUACAGCAAGAUUUCGUAUGUACACUGCAGGAAUAAAGCUUCAAGCCAGAGUAACUUCCCUUUCCAGUGAUGGGGCCGGUGUAGAGCUUAUUGACAAUUCCACCGGUCAUCCAAAAGUGAUCAAUGAGAUACUGGCUUCUGAAAAAUUGGCUGUAAAGCAAGUUCUACAAGAUAAAAAUAACUUUCCAAACAAGUCUGUUGACAAAAAAGAAACCUCACUUGGGCACUGGAAGUUGAUUGAAUUGGCUAUAGAUGAAACCGUAUCUGUCUGUGUAACGGAAGUUGUAAGCCCAGACUUGUUCUAUGCUGUACCAGUUCAAACUAAAGAUCGAGAGCAGCUACAUAGGCAGUUGAUUGAACUAGAAGGCUAUUGUAAAUCUUGUAAGAACCAGCCCUUCAAACCAAAACUGGGUGAAGCCUGUUGUGCAAGGUUUUCAGGUGAUGGCCGUUGGUACAGAGCUCUUGUUCUAAAAGCUUCUCAGUCUGUAGUGGAAGUACUAUAUGCAGACUAUGGGAACACAGAAACUUUACCAGUUUCAGAGGUGCUGCCAAUCACCGAUUCCUACUUAAAGCUGCCUUUUCAGACAAUUAUAUGUUCACUUGCAGGAAUAGAGAAAGCUGAGUGGUCUCCAUUGUUCCUUGACAAGUUGAAAGAAAUGUUAUUGAAUAAAUAUGUCACAAUUACAGUGAGAGGGAUUAAUGGAAAUGUUACUUUAGUAACAGUGGAGAAACUUUGUGAAAAUAGUAGUCUGAAUGUAGCUGACAAAGUGGUAAUGGAAGGUUUGGUCAAAUCCUGCAAUGCUCAAAAAUUACAUGCUGAACAUCAAGGCAAUGGAGGUGAGACCAAAUGCUGCUGCACAGAAUUAAAAACGCAACUUAAAAAGCAUGAACAGAUCCUACUCUUCCUUUUAAACAAGUAUGGCAAUGCAGAUGGAUUCACUGAAAUGAAAAAACUGUUGGACCACUAAGUCUCUGACAUGUGCAGUUUCAUUUGUAUGUA